AUGGCCUCUCACAAGGACCUCGUGGACAGGUUAUCUAGCCUUGUCGAUGGCCUAAGGGAACAAACCAGAGCAGCAAGUCAACGAGAAAGUAGUGAAGAAGACGUUAAUGACACACUUGCCCGUCUAUUUCCAAGCACGAGAAGAAAUUCGUCAGCGUGUCGAUUGGCAGCAACCACAACAUCAACAACAAACAACGGCGUGCCACAGUUCAGUCAGUGGAGUGAGGAAGCGAAGCCAAAGAGAAGCAGUCGCCGUCGACAACCCAGGCCAAAAGCUACGAAAGGCAAUCAAAAUUCUGCGAUAAAGGACAUUAUCCUUUUACCCAAUCCGAACAUCAGUUCUGUUCCUAGUGGCCGAAAAAGGGAAGAACUGUAUGUGCGAAAGCUAGUUGCCACAGCAUUCGAAAUUUUUGGAGACAUGUCUUCUUCAGAAAUUUACAAUAGUUUUAAAACAGAAUUUUCAAAUCAACUGAAUGGAAACGACUUUGAAAUUGUCCGAGCUGUAGGUAACAAGAUCAUUAGCCCAAACGUUGCUGGUGGAAUAGAUGGUAGGGUGUUAAAACACCUUUGUGCGCAGGGUCCCGUUUAUCUUCGAUGCAAAAUCCCAUUAGAAACCGACUACAGUUGGGUGAGUGAUGAUGAGAAGGACGAAAGUAGUGAGAGCGAUAAUGACUUUUUACCCAGAAGGAAACGCGCAUACCCAAGGAGUGGAACCAUCAAGCAGUCACUGAAUGCGAGUGACGAUGAUGAUCCACCACCCAUGAGUAAACAUGGAAGUGCAAGGCUCUCCUCAGACACCAAUAAGCAGUCGCUAACUGUUAGUGAAGAUGAUGAUCUACCACCCAUGAUUGAUUGGAGCCCAACACCUCGAAGUGCAAGGCUUUCUUCAUCAACAAGUACAAUCUCUGGGUCAGUGGCAACUGAUAAUCAGUAUUCCUCUGGUUCAAGAACUUGUACUGCCUCUUCACUGCCUACGCUAUAUCCAACAUGCCCAACUUGUAACAUGCAAUUCCCAUUAUCAGAAAUUGAAGUUCAUGCCGACACCUGUUGUGAGAACAUAAGAAACCCAGAAACUUGCCUGUAUGAAUCAAUAAUGAUAGAUCCUCAAGAUGCAGGGGAGUGGAAUUCAAAGCCAGUCGACACAAGUUCUCCCAGUGAAAUUAAUGAAGAAGUGUCUGUUAAAGAUCUUUUGGAGAAGUGCAGUGCUCUCCUUAAGAAACCACCAGCUCUUUUGUUCAUCAGAAGAAAGUUCAUUUGGGAUGAUUACAUGGAAGCUAGGGAGAAGCCGUGGAUAAAACCAGAGAAUGGUGUUCGCAUUCAGUUUGUUGGAGAGGCAGCAAUCGAUGAUGGGGGCCCUACCCGUGAGUUUUAUUCAGGUUAGCUUUAAUUGCCCUAUUUUGAAAGUCUGACUGAGUCACUAUGAAGAAAUCUUUAUAUAUGCACGCCCAUGGUUAUAUAAUGUGUAACAGGUCAAAAUUUAAUUAAAAAACUUCUUAAUAAUUCAUAAAGAGAAACGAAAGAAAUUUAUGUUUAAUGAGUGUCUCUAUAAUAUCUGAUAAAGACACUGCUAAACUUUAUGUUCAAUGUUUUUAGACCAAAAUAACCCCAAAUCUAAAUAUUAGUGCAAGAAUGAGUUGAUCUAUAUCAGAGAUUUUGAAGCUGUUCAAGAAACUUGCAGUAAUCAGGUUUAAAAACUGUUAGUUAAGCCGAGGGUUUUUAAACCUUGUUUCUAGGAUUGUGUUGUGGAAUCUAGAGUGUGUUUGACCUUAAGUUUUAGUGUUUAGAUAACAUUAUUUAUUAUUCUUGGCUACAUCCUGUAUUCACCAUUUUAUUUGUAAUGGGGCCUUGUAAUAGCAAUUUAGAAAUAUUGUAUUGGCACCUGCACCUGGGCUUCUGUGGGUCUAUAGUAUUAAUUUAUUUUACUUAUAGUACUUAUAAUAUUACUGGCCUCUUGUAUGGUUCUUUAG